GUUGCUGCUAUUGUUUUGCCUCCACAAUACUUUCGCAUUUCCGCUUCCCAUUGUUGUCGAUUCGUGUCAUCGUCUCUUAUUCUCUGCUCUUCCAUUGUGCUAUCAUUUGUCUGUCGUCAACAAGCCAUUGGCUAACCUUGGACUGCUUCUUCACCUUCAGUAUCCUCCGGCCUCGUACCCUCCGGCCUCAUAUCCCCCGGCCUCGUACCCCCCAACUGCAGAUCACCAAUACCAACCCCCAUCACAAUAUCCGCCUCCGCCAAACAUGGCUGCUAUGCACCCCCAUGUCCAGGCCCCGCAGGAUCCAUACCGUCUGCCACCGCCUCCGGGUUCCUACCGACCCGGAGAUGUAUACGCCCAACCGCCGCCGCCGCCUCAGGUAGUCUAUCAAGCUGCUGCCCCUCGUCAGCGGACUGCCAUCGCGUGUCGCUACUGCCGCAGACGGAAGAUCCGCUGCUCGGGAUUCGAAAGCUCGCAGGAUGGACGUUGUAGCAACUGCAUUCGCUUUAACCAGGAGUGCAUGUUUACACCUGUCUCGUCUCAGGCGCAAGCUUUUGUGCCCGCCCACGCCGCCUACCCACACCUACGAAAUGCACAGAACCAAGGACGCGCUGGGGCUCCCGGGGUGAUGCUCUAUGGCGCUCAUGGCCAACCUCUUCCACCUCAACAGCAACCAGAAGGUACACUUCCACCACCGCAAGGAAUGUAUCAGCAUCCCUAUGGAAAUGCUCCUCCUCCCCUUGCAAAUGGAGCUCCGGAUCAUAGGCCCAUUGGUCGCCGAGGAUCAGGCUCCGGAUUCGAAUAUCCCGACCCUACAAAUCUUGCCCCGGUAACGCCCGCAACAUCUGCGUCUGGGUAUCAGACAUAUAGUGCGACGAGCCCCUACUAUCCUCCCCCUCAACAUGAUCGGCGUCCCUCUCCGCAGUCGACUUACCCCUACGACGGUCGUCAUUCCUCGUCUCCCCACAGCUCACCCUAUCCUCCCAUGCACUCCAACCAAGGUGCGAUGACCCCUCCACCUACGUCCACUCCCGGUGGUUCGUCACGCAGUGGGCUCAAUGUGCGUGACAUGUUAAACCCCGGAGAACAAGGACAAGGUCAGGGUCAGGGCCAGAAUCAGGGCCAAGGUCGCUCUAGCACCGAUAGUGAUAUGCUCAAUGCAUUGAAUCGUCGGGUCUUGAACCAAUAAUACUCGGGAAUGAAUAUGGAGCUUCCGAUUGACUGGUUGCUUAUGAUCGGGAUCGGGGUGGAUUGAUGAAUAUGGGAUGGAAGGAGAUUGAAAUGGAGUAGACGGUGGCAGGGUCGAGUUCGACGUUGGUUGACGCGCAAGGCUUGUGUGCUGGUCACACACUUCAACAAGGUACGCGUGAUGACACUACACCUUCCCAUUGCCUGGGUUGUAGUGUCAUUGCCACGUAUUCGUCAAAGUAUGAGAAGACUAGAUGAGACAAGGGAAACGGCUUUUCUGUGCAAUGUCUGAACGGGGAU